AUAAACCUAUUCACCUCGUCCAUACUAACUGCAAUAUUUAUCCUACUUCUACCUAUUAUUAUAUCAAACACCCAACUAUAUAAAAACAAUCUAUACCCCCACUAUGUAAAAACCACAAUCUCUUACGCCUUCGCUAUCAGUAUAAUCCCAACUAUAAUAUUUAUCUCCUCAGGACAAGAAACAAUCAUCUCAAACUGACACUGAUUAUCAAUCCAAACCCUCAAACUAUCACUAAGCUUUAAAAUAGAUUACUUCUCAAUCAUCUUUAUCCCCGUAGCACUUUUUGUUACAUGAUCGAUUAUGGAGUUCUCAAUAUGGUAUAUACACUCAGAUCCACACAUCAAUCGAUUCUUCAAAUAUCUCCUUAUAUUCCUAAUCACUAUAAUAAUUCUAGUUACCGCUAAUAACCUGUUUCAACUGUUUAUCGGCUGAGAGGGAGUGGGUAUCAUAUCCUUCCUGCUAAUCGGAUGAUGAUACGGCCGAACAGACGCGAAUACUGCUGCUCUACAAGCAAUCCUCUACAACCGCAUUGGAGAUGUAGGCUUUAUUACAGCCAUAGCAUGAUUUCUCACCAACCUAAACGCAUGAGACCUCCAACAAAUCUUUAUUAUCCAACAUGAAAACUUAAAUGUCCCACUAUUAGGACUCCUACUAGCAGCUACAGGCAAGUCCGCUCAAUUCGGCCUACACCCAUGACUACCAUCAGCCAUAGAAGGCCCAACUCCUGUCUCAGCCCUACUCCACUCAAGCACAAUAGUUGUAGCCGGAGUCUUCUUACUAAUCCGCUUUCACCCACUCAUAGAACAAAACAAAACUAUACAAACCCUCACUCUGUGUUUAGGAGCCAUCACCACUCUAUUCACAGCCAUCUGCGCCCUUACACAAAACGACAUUAAAAAGAUCGUCGCCUUCUCAACCUCUAGCCAACUAGGCCUAAUAAUUGUAACCAUCGGAAUCAACCAACCCUACCUCGCAUUCCUACAUAUCUGCACACACGCAUUCUUCAAAGCCAUGUUAUUUAUAUGCUCAGGAUCAAUUAUCCACAGCCUAAAUAACGAACAAGACAUCCGAAAAAUAGGCGGAUUGUAUAAACCAAUGCCCUUCACUACCACCUCCCUUAUCAUUGGAAGCCUCGCAUUAACAGGCAUGCCCUUCCUAACAGGCUUUUAUUCUAAAGACCUAAUCAUCGAAACAGCCAACACGUCGUAUACCAACGCCUGAGCCCUAUUAAUUACUCUCAUUGCUACAUCCCUCACGGCCGCCUAUAGUACUCGAAUCAUAUUUUUUGCACUCCUAGGACAACCCCGAUUCAACACCCUGAACCUAAUCAAUGAAAAUAAUACCCACCUCAUCAAUUCCAUCAAACGUCUCUUAAUUGGAAGCAUCUUUGCAGGAUACCUAAUCUCUUAUAAUAUCCCCCCAACAGCUGUCCCACAAAUAACUAUACCCCAUUACCUGAAACUAACUGCCCUUGCCGUAACUAUUACAGGCUUUACCCUGGCAUUAGAACUCAAUCUCACAGCCAAAAACUUAAAAUUUAAUUACCCAUCAAAUCUUUUUAAGUUCUCUAGCCUCUUAGGGUAUUUUCCAAUCGUAAUACACCGCCUCCCGUCAACAAUAAGCCUGACCAUAAGCCAAAAAUCUGCAUCAAUACUAUUAGAUAUAAUCUGACUAGAAAAUGUAUUACCAAAAUCCAUCUCCUACUUCCAAAUAAAAAUAUCAACUACUGUAUCUAAUCAGAAAGGACUAGUCAAGCUCUACUUCCUAUCUUUCAUAAUCACCCUAGCCCUUAGCCUAUUCUUACUUAAUUUCCACGAGUAA